AUGUCACUAUCAGCAUCUGAUGAUGAAAACUUUGCGGAUAAGACUAGUCAAGUCUAUUUAGGUUUUGUUGAUACACCGGUUAAGGAAGAAGAUGACAUUUCCAUCGAAGAUACUUUUAUUGGCGGUGAACCUAAAUGGCUACACCCAGAUUCUAAACCCAAUGAUGACUUUCUAAAAUGUGGUGCUUGUAAAUCUAAGGAUAACAUGCGUUUGCUCUUACAAGCUUUUGCCCCAUUGGAUUACGACCAAAUGGAAGACUUACAAAGCUUAUCAGGUCUCAAGAAUAUGCGAUACAUUAAUCCAGACGAUGAUAGAGUUCUCUACGUUUUUAUCUGUACUAAAUGUCCACGUAAGGCCAAUUCAGUUAGGUGCAUUCGUGGUGUCAAGAAGAACAGGCCUCAAACUGGCUCCCAGAAGAUUUCUGAUAAGAUGGCGUCUUUAUCCGUGGAGAAAGAAUUCAACAUUAAUCCAUUUGACACCUCUAAAAGCAAUCCUAACCCAUUUGGUGGCAAUCCAUUUGGACAAAGCUCGGAAAACCCAUUCUCAGCACCCACUUCUGCCACUAAUAACGAUUCGAAGAAAGAGAAAGCGGAUACUGAUGACCAACAGAUAUCUGCCAAGACGGCCAGGAAAAUGCAUGAAAAUUUAAAGGAUAAACAAUUUGAUUCUACGAGAUCUUUUAAAAGUUAUCUUCUUUACGUGGAAGAAGAAUCUUUCAAGAACAAAAAACCUGAUCACUUGAAAUUACCCAAAAAUUUAAAGAUUGAUAAAAAUGCAUUAGAAUUGACAGGAGAAUCUGAAUCUAAUCUAGAGAAAAACCCAAUUAAAUUGGAUCCACGUACUGAGAAACUUUCCAAAUUUUUGGACGAUGAAACUUUCCAAAAAUUUCAAGAAAUCGUCGGAUAUAAUCCUGGUCAAGUGCUUCGUUACGAUUUAGGUGGUAAGCCAUUGUUGUAUGUGGAUACUAAAGUUGAUUUGAUUAAUACAGUGGCCAACCCAGGUUAUAAUCCAUCAUCAAAAAGGAUAUUUGAAAUGCAAUUAAUGCCUAAAAUGAUUAUCGAUUUGGAGGAAGAGGUUUCUCUGCUAGAUAGUAUGGAAUGGGGAACCAUCAUGAUUUUUACAGAUCUAGAAAACUACGUACCGCAAUUCGACGAUAACGAUGUGGGAUACGUAGAAGAAUGUGUUAGAGUUCAAUGGGAAUAG